AUCUUGUUUGUAACUCUCCUACGUAAGUGGUAGAGUUUCUACUGAGGGGGUAUCCGAUUACCCUUUUUCCAGCUUUAUACUGGGAACCUCUCCCUGUAGUACUCGGGCGCUAUAGCGUUUUGCAUUAUCGCCUGUCUCUUGAAUAAAAGAAACCUCAGUUUUUUCCAACUGGAAUAGAAAUGAGCAUCGAAACGCUUCUGGAAGCAGCCAAGUUUUUGGAAUUGCAAGCCCAGCAACAACAGAAAGCACGUGAGGAUGAGCUGAGGGAGAAGCAGCGUCUGGAGCAGCUGGCAGAGCUGAGCCGCUCUGACGUAAACCAUAACACAACAAUCCACACCAACAAUGUUUUUAAAGCUGUCGAGCUACGCACCGAGUGCCGCCCCACGCCAAUCCCGCCCUCUCUGCCCCCCCCCUCCAUGCCCAUCACAGUCAUCCCCAUCCCUGUGGUCACCCCCAACCUUACAGGCUCUCCCACCUUCCCCAUCGCCACACUCUCCCCUCCGGCCGCUCCACCACCCGCUGCCACCCUGCCACGUUCUCCACAACCCAAACCCGACCACCCGCCCUCUGUGCUGUCCACCAACCACAAGCCGUUGAUACAGAACCACCACCAUCAGCCGCAGAUCAUUGCCCCAACCAACAACACUAAACUACAGCAGCAGACACACCCGCAGCUGGUUCAGCGCUACCAGGGCUCCAUCGUCUCGCCCCCUCAGCAACAAACCUUACUGCCCCAGCCCAGUCCUGUGCUCCAGCAAGCUCCUCUACAGAAUGGCCCCUCAGGUCGGGGGAGUCCUCCCGAUGAUGGUCGCCACUUGGACAACAAGAAGAGGCCUGGAGGGGCAGGCACAAGAGAGGGGCAUAACAAGCUUGAGAAAAACAGACGAGCACAUUUAAAGGAGUGCUUUGAGACGCUGAAGAAGAACAUCCCUAACAUAGAUGAGAAGAAGACGUCCAAUCUGUGUGUGCUGAGAAGUGCGCUGAGAUACAUUCAGACGUUGAAGCGGAAAGAGAAGGAGUACGAGCACGACAUGGAGCGUUUGGCCAGAGAGAAGAUUGCCACCCAGCAGCGAUUAGCAGAGCUGAAGAACGAGCUGAGCCAGUGGAUGGAUGUGAUUGAGAUUGACCGAGUGCUCCGUCAGACGGUCCAGCCAGAGGAGGACCAAGCUUCAACCUCCACUGCCUCAGAAGGUGAAGACGUCAUGGACGAUGACCUUGAAGAUGAUGCACCGCAGAGAGCACAGACUGCCUUACCCAACGUGCCUCAAACUAUGAAACCAGAGAUACACAAGACUGCAAUGCCCAUUCAGAUCCCAACCCCAGCACCCAGCACCACCACCACCUCUACCUCCUUCAUCACUCAACACAUCUCUAUCCAGCAGAAAGCUCCUCUUCACCAACCCAUGCUCCAGCCACUGCCUGUGACUCCUCCACAGCCGGUGCCCAAGUUGGCAGUCACUCUGACACCCACAGCCACAACAUCCACCAUCCCUACCAUCCCUACUCAAGCCCAGAUCCCACCCCAGACUCAGAUGGUAACAAUGCCAAGCAUUCACCCUACAGUGAUCGCCCACGCUUCAGUGUCCCACCCCUCAGUCAUCCAGGCUGUCAACCACGUCAUCCAGGGAGGGGGUCCAAAACAUAUUGCUCACCUGGCUCCCUCCACCACAACUAGCUCUGUCCAGUUAGCCCCCGCCCACCAGCCCAUUGGCCACAUCACUGUGCAUCCUGUGGCUCACCUGGGCCAGCAUCUACCUGCCCUCUAUCCCCAGUCGGUGGCUGUCACACAGCCAGCUGUAGUUGGUCACAUUACCCAUACCCUGAACCACACCCACCCUCAGAUGAACGGCACUGCACCGAGCCAAACUACCACUGCCAUCGUCAGCAAGCAGACCCAAAUGGUGACCCACCAUCCGCAGCUGGUGGGUCAGACAGUGCUCAACCCUGUGACAAUGGUGACCAUGCCCUCGUUCCCCAUCAGCACUCUAAAGCUGGCCUGAAAAUCACCCAUGGGACCAUCAGGCUGGAUGGAGGAGACACCCCAAGACAGGGCAGAACCACAGGCCUCUGCCCAGGCCAGACCAGGCCACAGUGAGGGCAGGAGAGCUAAAAGGCACCUGGCUGAUCAGAAACAGAGAUCCACUAUCAUUCAAAGACGAUACAGCUGAUAAAAAGAUGGGAACAAGACAAAACUUGGUCCUCUUUGGAACUAGUCGAUCACAGCAUCCAGAAAUCUUGAUCACGAAAUUAAGAUAUGCCAGGCUGCAUGUGGGUAAUAGUCUUCAUGUUGACCGUGUGUGAUUGCUGCAGACAACAGAGCAGUGGUUGCUUUACAUGACAGCACCCUGUGACAGUGCUUUUGUAGGUCCUAGCUGGUGGCUAGACUUCCCAAUAUCACUGUGGAUUAACCAACAGUACAUCAUGUACUUGAGAGGCUACGUCAGGUUUGAGGGUUGUGACAGUGUAGAUUCAGAGCGAUUGACCCGCCAUAACCAGCAGCACAUUGGAAAUGUGAUUUAGAGGAGCUCCUCCUCUCCAGACAGGCACAUGCAGCAAGGUAUGAGUAAAAUCACGGACCGACCUAAAGCUCCUGAACUGGAGCUGCAGUCCUUGUUAAUGCUGCAUACAACUCUAGCUCCCCCUGCUGGCUGUUGCGUUCAAUGUGAUACAGAAAUCCCCUGAUUGUGAAAAAACCUUAAGUUGAUGUAAAAUGCUAAUUAACAAUGGCCACUGAAAAGCAAAACAGGCACAUUUGCCAGGGUUUAAAUGGAACAUUAAUUUUUAUUAAUAUGUUGUGUUUCCCCUGCAAGUUUACACUUUGCACAACCACAAGUUCAGUUUUUUCACAGCCCCAAAUAUAUUUUGAAUUAUUUUUGCCAAAUAGGAUCCUUUUGCACAUCUACAUGCCCUCUAAACACAAAUGCCUCAACAUUGUCUGGUUUAAAAGCUCAAUUAUUUUUAGAUACUGAUUGAGAUGAAAUUCUGAAUGUGAUUGAUUUAAAAGGUAAAAUAAAUGUGUUUCAAUGCUGUCUUGCAGGAAAAUGGUAGUGCGAUGAGUGCUUGCAUGCCGUAAAUGCAUUACUCUGAGAUUGUUUAUAAAGUAAGAGCCCAUAGCAGUGCUGUCUGUCUGCAGCAAGUGGAUGUCGGAUUUAUUGGUUGAGACCAUGUCACCCUUCAAUUUAGUAUGAAUCACUUUAAUGUGCUUUUUUUUUCAAAACUUUAUUUCUCCAAAGCUAGCACUGUGAACAUUUCAGUUUAGUGUCACUGAGCAGCAGAUCUGCAUUUUAGCACUUGCUAAAACUGCAACAUGUUGUGCUCUCCUAAUAUAAUCUGAAUGUACUGACCUGUGAAAGGAUAUGGAGUAGCACACUCAUCUGAUGUUAAGCCCUUCUGCUAUUACUUUAUUAAAGUAUUAUGUGUAUGUUAUGUGUAACAUGUAAAGAUGAUUUUGUAUUUUAAGAUAAUAUGUUGCUUGUUUCAUGUUGAGAAUAACUUUUUUCUUCAGUGCAAAUUUGAUCAUUUGAUUUAUUUUUCCUGGGACCAUCUAAAGUGCUGUAUAACAGCAUGCCAUGACAACACAAAUCUCUCCCCCAAAUUGCUAUUAAAAUUUGGCCUGUUCAGAACUUUUUUUAAAAACUCAUUUAUUGGAAAGAUAACAGACCCUUGGUAACAUUAUGAUGGUUUGUGAGUAAUUCUGAAUCAUUUCAUUUUGAAAUAAUAUUGUAGCAAAACAAAAUGUUUUUAGUUUUUUUUUAAAACAACCUUGGUUCGGAUACUUGAAAAAGCAACAAUAUACUGAUGUUUUCCCUAUGGAGAAAGUUUAAGUUGUAUAUUGCCUGUAAAUGUUGGGCUGCAUUUAGAUCUAACUGUAUUAUGUUUAAAGCUUGGGAAAUUAUGUAAAAUGAAAACUUUAUAAAAAGAUACUUAAUAAAUUGUACUGUAUAUUAA